AUGAAGUUCCCUGGGACCCUCGAUGUCCCCGAUGAAGACACUUAUGUGUUUGGCAGCCAUCUUUAUUUCCGCUCAAUCAACGCAGAAUGGGAAACAAUCCUGGCUCUGCUGCACCAAAAUGGGCCGAAUAUCCGCUAUUUCCAUCUUUACUGCGACACGUUGACGGCCAGAGACAAGACGUCAUCGUCCUUGCACGUGCAGCUGCCCGCCACCCUCUGCACCUUCUGGAUUUUCGCCCGCGACUUCUUCUCCGACCUGCACAACGUCACUUGGGAGCUGCCUCCGACCAGCACCGCGCAGAAGAUCUACCUCUACUGUGACAGGGCAUCGCCGUCGUUGGUUGUGAGCUCGGCACACGCGCAGCGUCCGAUUGCCCUCUUCCACGCCGCCGCAGAGUGUCCCGACAGUGCCACGGAACCGACACACCGUCAUGUCCAGGAGCAGGCGCAGCAGGUGCCGCAGGUGGAAGGCCUGGACGGAGACAAGAUGCUGCAGUCUCGUCUGUCGAACGAGGACGUGGCGAGGCUGGUUGCUGCGGUGGACGCGACCGCCGCUGGGGGAUAUCGACUUUUUUGGCGUUGA